GAACAUAAGAAGGACAAAAAGUUUACAUUUUCAAAAGUUGGGUCAAACAUUUUGGCAGAAGUCAGCCGACGCGCCCCCACCUCCUGACACAUCGUCUUCGGCGAUACCCACAGACAAGAACGGCGACGACGACUCCUCGCCCGUCGACCACGGCGCAGCUUCUUCUCCCUCUGGUUCUUCUCCAGCAACGAACACCAAGCGAGCGGCAUUUUCUGACCCACGCAUUUCUGUCCUUCGGCGGAUUCUUCCUGCGAAGUGCGACUCACCCUCUCCUCUCGACGCCCACACCACGCGAUUUCCAGCGUUUUUCUUCCUUCCGGCGGUCACUCACGGCUUUUUCUUUGCCGGCGACGACGCAACACCAACCAAGGACGAACACCCACGUAUUGCACGGCCACCCAUCUGGUGCAGCGGUUUUUGACGACAUCCACUCGAUUAUAACAGUCUGCAGCAGCAGCAGUCAAACAGUAUCAAAGCUCCAUAAAAUUCCCGCGGUUAGGGCGUUUUGUUCUCGGAUUUUUUCUACAGAUCCUCCAAUGGAUUCCACUGGCACUGCCAAAGCAAGAAAGAAGUCCAAGAACCAAUCGCCUGAAGUCAAGUUCCACUUAGACCUCACUACCUGUUCGAGGAGGAAAGAUUUACUUUCGGCCAUAACUCUCUGCGAAACUGCAAUUUCGGAGAAGUUGAAAUUCAACCAGCAGCACUUUAAUACUCUCCUCUACCUCUGUUCUACCGCGAUUUCUGACCCAUCGUUGAAAGAAUCCGCAGUAAGUUUUGGGUUUCGUGUAUAUAAUCACUUGCUAUCCACUGGUGUUGUUCCAAAUGAAGCUACAGUCACUGCUGUCGCAAGACUCGCCGCAGCAAAAGGGGACGGCGAUUAUGCAUUUGAAUUGGUGAAAACAAUUGGGAAAUAUAAAGUUACGCCCAGGUUGCGCACUUAUGAUCCCGCAUUGUUUUAUUUUUGUGAGAAUUUGGAGGUGGAUAAGGCUUAUGAGGUGGAAAAACACAUGAAUUCUGCUGGAGUGGAGUUAGAGGAACCUCAGAUUUCUGCCCUUUUGAAGGUGAGUUCAGAGACAGGAAAAGAGGAUGAAGUGUAUGAAUAUUUACACAAACUGAGACGUUCUGUGAAGUGUGUUAGUGAGUCUACUGCAAAGACUAUUGAGGAUUGGUUUUGUAGUGAAAAGGCCUCUGAUAUUGGUGAAUCGACUUCGGAUGUGGGUCUGAUUAGAGAGGCAAUUUUAAGCAAUGGAGGGGGUUGGCAUGGAAAGGGGUGGACUGGGACGGGAAAUUGGGCGGUGAAAAGAACAAAUGUUUAUUCCAAUGGUAAAUGCUGCUGUUGUGCUCAACAAUUGGUUUGUGCCGAUAUUAGUUGUGCUGAGACAGAGAGUUUUGCUCAGUCUUUGGCUGCACUCGCCAUUGAAAGGGAGACUCAACCAAAUUUUAUAAGCUUUCAGGAGUGGUUAGAAGAACAUAAUCAUUGUGAUACGAUUGUUGAUGGAGCAAAUAUUGGCCUCUACCAACAGAAUUUUGUAGAUUCCGGAUUUAAUCUUCCCCAGGUUGAGGCCGUUGUCAAAGAAUUAUGUAAGAUGAGUGGGGGAAAUUGGCCAUUAGUUUUCUGGCACAAUAAACGCACCAGGGCUCUAACGGAUAAUUCUUCACAUAGAAAAGUUGUCGAGGAAUGGAUAAACAAAGGUGUUCUUUAUUCAACGCCCAUUGGCUCAAAUGACGAUUGGUAUUGGCUUUAUGCCGCUGUGAAAUUGAAGUGCUUGCUUGUCACAAAUGAUGAAAUGCGAGAUCAUAUUUUUGAACUUUUGGGAAACGAAUUAUUUCUCAGAUGGAAGGAGAAACAUCAAAUUCGUUACACUUUUGUUAAGGGUCAACUAAAACUUGAGAUGCCACCCCUUUAUUCUGUUGUAAUUCAGGAAUCAGAAACAGGAUCUUGGCAUGUUCCAAUUGCAGGCAAUGACUCCGAAUUAGAACGAACUUGGUUGUGUGUUACCAGGCCAGGUGUUUCUGCUGCCUCCGGUAUACAGUUGAAUGCCGAAACUUCUGAAAACAUUGUGGCUCGAGGGUCAUGUGCAUCAAUGAAUGUAGGCAGUUAUAAUCAACUGCACGAUUCGGCCAUAGCACGUAAAAGAAAAGAAAGGCCCUCAUCAACCUCCUAACUGCAUAUCAUUGCCUAAGAAUCUCUAAAAACUUCUGAACUUGCUUUUUAAGCAUACAACAGCCAAUGUGGCCGGAUCCUUGUACUGAACAACCAGCAAUGGCCAAGUUUUCUGGACUCUUAACAGUUUUGUGUGUAUUCAGCAGAUAGCUAAGCUGAUGAAUAGGUCUAUUUUUUAUCUGCCUGAUUGUUAGUGUUGAUUUAGCUUGGACGAUGAUAAUAUAAU